GCUUUAGACGCCGCCGCUAUGGCUGCCACGCUGCAGCGUAUCGAGCGGCUCUCCGGGCGAGUCGUGCGCGUGCUGGGCUGUAACCCGGGUCCUAUGACUUUGCAGGGGACAAAUACCUAUCUAGUGGGGACCGGCCCCAGGAGAAUCCUUAUUGACACCGGAGAACCAGAAAUUCCUGAAUAUAUCAGCUGUUUAAAGCAGGCUCUGGCUGAAUUUAAUACAGCAAUACAAGAAAUCAUAGUCACUCACUGGCACCGUGAUCAUACCGGAGGCAUCGUAGAUAUUUGUAAAAGCAUCAAUAAUGGCACUACAUACUCUGUUAAGAAACUUCCACGGAAUCCUCAGAAAGAAGAAAUCAUUGGAGAUGGAGAGCAGCAGUAUGUUUACCUAAAAGAUGGAGAUAUCCUUAAGACUGAUGGUGCCACUUUAAGAGUUAUACACACGCCUGGCCAUACUGAUGAUCAUAUGGCUUUACUUUUAGAAGAGGAAAAUGCUCUUUUUUCUGGCGAUUGCAUUCUAGGAGAAGGAACAACAGUAUUUGAAGACCUUUAUGAUUAUAUGAACUCCCUAAAAGAGUUAUUGAAACUCAAAGCUAAUGUCAUAUAUCCAGGACAUGGCCCAGUAAUCCAUAACGCUGAAGAUAAAAUUCUACAGUACAUUUCUCAUAGAAAUAUCCGAGAAGAGCAAAUUCUUACAGUAUUUCGUGAGAACUUUGAAAAGUCAUUUACUGUAAUGGAGCUUGUAAAGAUUAUUUACAAGAACACUCCUGAGAAUUUGCAUAAAGUGGCUGAACUUAAUGUCUUACAUCAUUUGAAAAAAUUAGAAAAAGAAGGAAAAAUAUUUAGCAACAUGGAGCCUGACAAGAAGUGGAAAGCUCAUCUUUAGAUUAACAAGAUUAAUGAGAACUUAACUAUGAUUUACAACAAAAGAUAGAGUAUAAAAACAUUGAAGAUAAUCCUAGAUAUUCCAAUAUGUAAUUUAUCAUAAAAUAUACUAUAUCAUACUUGUAUAAUAUUGAUAUUUAUCUAAUGUAGUCUUAUAAAAAUUUACCAAAAAUU